AUGUGUUCCAUUGAGCCUCCCCUGAAGCGGCGACGAGUCUCUAGCACCGUUUCGCAACAUCCACAUCCCACAGAGGAAGAGCCAUCCCCGGGUCCAGCUGCCAGUGAUAUAUCGCAUUCUAUUACAACCGAUCACAAAGAGUCUCAACCACUUUCUUCGCAAAACUAUAACGGCAACAGUCAGAGCCCUCCCGGAAGUUGGUAUCAGGACGGCUUCGCUCAAGAUCCAGGUUUCCUCGCCUCCCAGGAAGAACUACGAUGUAUUCUCUUCUCGCUGGCUUACUCUGCUGCUCCAACGCGUGCAACUAGCCCCGAUGCGGGAAUCCUAGACAGUCUCUGCGAUAGAGGGACAGAUAAGCUUGGUUUUGGCUUCAUUCCCCAAGACCACGGGGAAGAGCAACAAGAAUCUGACCGACCACCUCUGUCAAGUAAUAAGCGUAUAAAAUACCUGAAGAACUAUGUGACCCAGGUAGCUCCAUGGCUCGACAUGUUUGACUCGCAGUGCACUUUCCGUCAGCAGCUCCCUGCACUCGCACGGACAUUUCCCGCACUGUCCUACGCCAUUCUUGCGAUCUCAGCCCGGCAUAUGGAACGCAAGUAUGGUGUCCAGGAUCUUUUCGAUAGCCUUGAGCUCUACCAGGAGGCAAUAAGGCUCCUCGGCCCUGUACUACAAAUACGCGAUCCGAAAAUUGUCGCCGCAUGUGUACUACUGUGCUGCUUGGAGAUGAUGUCCGCUCGAGCGCAGGAUUGGCACCGUCAUCUUGAAGGCUGUGCGGCUUUAUUUGAUGCCUUCGAGAUUCACGGAUUCAGUAAAGGAUUACUCCAAGCUGUAUUUUGGUGCUAUGCCAGGAUGGAUCUCUGUGGUGCACUCAUCUCGGAUGGUACCCAAACUACACUUCUGCAUCCUUCCAAGUGGCUGCCCCCCGGCUGUCAAGAAGAGGACGCAUAUCGGUUGUUCCAGGAUGUUAGAUCGCCUGACAUGCAUGCCAAUUAUGCCGUGUAUUUGUGCAUGAGAGCAACCGAGCUCGUCUCGGAUCGCACUAAGUUUGUCGAGUUGCAAGAGCAGAACGGCUGUACCCUGGAAUUAUUCUGCUUGCGUUGGAUGCGGCUGUGGAACGAACUACAAAGGUGGUUCUCGGAACGACCGAAUGAAUUAUUGCCAGUCCAGACAGUCAACCGCAAACCCUUCCCACAUAUUUUGUUUGUUCAAUGGGCUGCCAUUUCUUCGAAUCAACUUUACCAUACGGCAUGCCUCCUGUUGCUCAAAAUGAUGCCAAAGGGCACCAGAUUGCCGCGAGCACCUAAUCUGUCUAUGCUAUGGCAUGCGCGACGUAUCUGCGGCAUUUCUUUAGCAAACCCACAUCAAGGGUGUCUAAAUAACGCCAUACAGCCGCUGUGGAUUGCGGGACGGCUAUUUAGCCAUGUGUCGGAGCACAAGGAGAUCACGAAGCUGAUUCGAGACAUUGAAGCUGAAACGGGGUGGGGCACGUGUUGGCGGAUUCGAGACUUGGAUAUUGCUUGGGGCUAUAGUACCCGCCGAGGUGCGAUAUAUGACCAUAACCAACACAUCUCUACACCCCGUAAGCCACAGGGAGCUUAA